AUGCAACCAGGCCAGAACAAAAGAUCCCACCUCGCCGUGGCGUGCGAAGAGUGGAAGAAAUUACAGAAAUAUAUCGCGGGACAGAAAGUUAUCAUUGAUGGAAAUUCGCUGGACUUGGCAGCCGUGGUCGCUGUCUCUUACCAUCAUGUUGUCCCUGAGCUCACAGAUGAGCCUAGUGACUUGCGGCGUAUCACUGCCAGUGUGGAUGUGUUGAUGGAUCAUUUAACCAAAGGUUACUGCGUCUACGGUGUCAACACAGGAUUCGGCGGCAGCGCUGAUUCUCGAACGGACAAAUGGGUAUCACUACAGGCGGCACUCCUCCAGCUAACGCAAUGUGGUGUUCUCGUCAGUGCGGAUAAAGAAGGCGCAGAUGGCUGUGAAGGCCCGUCGACCAGCGUCGGGCCACAUGCGAUGCCAGGGUCGUGGGUGCGUGCCACAAUGGUUGUGCGAUCAAACCACUCAGCGCGCGGGCAUUCAGCUGUGACAAUUCCCGUUAUUCAAUCCAUUUUAAACCUCCUCGCCCAUCGAAUCACCCCGCUUGUUCCACUCCGUGGUACCGUCUCUGCCUCGGGAGAUUUGAUGCCCCUGUCGUAUAUCGCUGGAGCCAUCCAGGGGAGCCCUGACAUCUUCGUCAAACGAGAUGAUGACGGCAAGUCACCAGCCAAGGUGUCUACGGCUCUGGAGGCGCUGGAGGCCGUGGGAGUCAGCCGCACACAUUUUGGACCCAAAGAAGGGCUGGGGCUUGUGAAUGGUACGGCAUCGUCUGCAGCGUUGGCGAGUCUGGUCAUGUAUGAAACGCAUCAGUUGGCCGUGUUAACUCAAGUGCUCAGUGCGAUGGCUGUCGAGGCAGUGAUGGGCAAUUCGGAGAGCUUUCAUCCAUUCAUUGGGGCAGUAAGACCACAUGCUGGUCAGAUUGAAAGUGCCCGAAAUAUAAUGGCCUUACUCCAAGGGUCAUACAUGGCCAAAGGCGUUAUGUCGAAAAAGAACCGCAAUGAGACCGGCUUAGUUCAGGAUCGCUAUGCCCUUCGCAGUGCGCCGCAGUGGAUUGGCCCUCAACUAGAAGAUCUGCUGCUCGCCCAUGAACAGGUAGCCACCGAACUGAACGCAACGGCAGAUAACCCUUUGGUCGACACCCAAACUAAUGAUAUCUAUUACGGUUGCAAUUUCCAAGCAGCGUCCAUCACUUCGGCAAUGGAGAAAUCUAGACUCUCACUCCAGAUGCUAGGCAAGCUCCUGUUUGCCCAAUCCACGGAAAUUAUCACGCCAGAGUUGAAUAAUGGCCUACCCACUAAUCUUGUGGCGGAUGAUCCCAAUUGCUCCUUUACCAUGAAGGGCGUUGAUAUUUCCAUGGCAGCGUACAUGGCUGAGUUGGGAUAUCUAACAAAUCCAGUUAGUUCCCAUGUUCAAUCAGCAGAGAUGCAAAACCAAUCAGUUAACUCAAUGGCCUUCGUCUCUGGUCGCUACACUAUGCAAGCGGUAGAGGUGGUGUCUUUAAUGUCCGCUUCUUUCAUCUAUAUUGCCUGCCAGGCACUGGACCUGCGCGCCAUGGCUCUGUCUUUCUUGUCUAGUCUGCCAGUUAUUAUCUCAUCAACACUGGAGCGCGAGUUCUCCCCAGUUUUGUCCAACACUGAGCUGGCAACUUUGGCCAUUAAUGUUGACAAACAUAUGACCAGCAUCUGGCCAACCACCUCGAAACUCGAAGCUAGCGAGCGGUGCCGCAUCCUGGUCGACACAUCACUGGCGACGAUUCUACAGGCUCUUGUCAACCGACAAUCAUCUAAGCUUUUUGAGAGCGCUACAGCGCUUGAUAACUGGAAAGCCCGAGCAUUCUUAGUACUUGUGGAGGCAUAUCAAGCGAACUUGACGAGAUUCAUCCAGCAACAGCACACGGAAGAGCUGUUGGGCAUUGGUUCAAAGCUUAUCUACCAGACUGUACGAAAGGAGCUUUUUGUCCCAUUCCACCAGGGCUUCCUUGAGCAUCCCACUGUGGACAGCACCAUGUUGAAUAAACGGGAGAAGAAGACAGUCGGCGGGUGGAUUUCGGUCAUUUACGAAGCCUUGCGGAAUGGUCAGCUGCAGAAGCCGUUGAUGUUGUGGAUGUCGGAGAACAUCGCAUGA